AAUGCGAGCGGAACUGUUUGUCAGCGGAGGCACAGUUAUAUUUGUUACAAUCUUGCUCUUGUUAUAGGCGAACUUUUUUUUUUUUACAGCAAAAUAAAUUGUAUUGCUUGUGAUUGCAGUGACUGUCACCUUUACCACCGGCCACUCGAUACCAGGAAGCGGCGGGUUGGUUGUUGGUUAAAAUGUCUGGAGGACCGAGUGGAGGUGAUGGGGGUUUGCUUGAGUCCUCACUGGAAGCAAGCAUAAACAGUAUGUGUUCAUUUGGAUCUACCCGUGCCAGGAUCUUCAAGAUCAUUGUGAUUGGCGACUCUAAUGUUGGCAAGACUUGCCUGACAUACAGGUUCUGCACAAGCUGCUUCCCUGACAGGACAGAGGCAACAAUAGGGGUGGAUUUCAGGGAGAGGAGUGUGGAAAUAGAUGGGGAGAGGAUCAAGAUCCAGCUAUGGGACACAGCAGGACAAGAGCGUUUCCGAAAAAGCAUGGUGCAACAUUACUACAGAAACGUCCACGCUGUAGUCUUUGUGUAUGAUGUCACCAACAUGGCCAGUUUCCAGAGCCUGCCAGCUUGGAUUGAAGAGUGCAAGCAGCACUUGCUUACUAAUGAUGUGCCUCGUAUCAUGGUGGGCAAUAAGUGUGAUUUAAAGGAUUCUAUCCAGGUACCUACAGACCUGGCUCAAAAGUUUGCUGACUCUCAUAGUAUGCCAAUGUUUGAGACCUCGGCCAAAAACACAACUGAUCAUGUGGAUGCUAUUUUUAUGACAUUGGCCCACAAGCUAAAGAGUCAUAAGCCACUUAUUUUGAGUCAGCCUCCAGAGAAUACGGUGCAACUGAAUUCUAGAGAAAAGACUUCCUUUCCCUGUGGGUGUUAAACAUGUUUUUUUCUGCAAAUGGUGUUGAAAUGUUGGACAUAGUUUCUGAGGCCUAAACAUCUUGUCUUCCCGUAGAUAACACAAGAGGAUGCUUAACAAAGAAGCCAGAAAUAUGCAUGGUUUGAUUGGUCUUAAUCAUGAGGACUUACUAGGAUAUUUAUUUGCGGAGGGCAUUCUUUGAUAUUCCUGGCAUUAUUUCUACUAAGCAAUUAUGAUUGGGAACUCAACUAUUUAAGAAUUGUACAGUUUUCCAUUUGGUUUUAAAACUUUAUUGAACUUGGCAAGUUUAGCUGUAGUUCCUAAAGAAGCACAUUGUCAAACAGUGUCAUAUAUUUUAACAUUUAAAAAUCAUUCUAAAAGGGUAUAAGAAUUUGUUAUAUAUAUAUAUAUAUAUAUAUAUAUAUAUCUAUCAGUAAUUUUAGUGAUAAAAUUACAUGCUCUAACAAAUUACAGCAUGUACUUUUAUCACUUUAUUGGCCCUUUAAUUUGUGUUCACAGAAUGCAGUGAGCCAGUUCAUUUGAUUUGUAAGAAGCAUCAUUUUCUGGUCAGCACUGUUGUUGCCUUUAAUGGUAACUCCUUAUUGGGUCAGUAAUUUGUUACCUUUUUAUAGUUAACUUUUUUCUUUACGUAAUUAUCUGUGUGUGUCAGUCAGCGCCUGUUGAUAAAGGUUAAAGAAAGAAAUGUUCAAGGCAUUAAUUCAAAUGUUCUUUAGGUCAGUACAAAUGUGUUCAGAACAAAGGAGACAGUUUAUUUUAUUCUACUUAAAAUCAAAUAUGAAAUCUGCCAUAAGUUAACACUAGUAUAUUUUUUCCAGCUAUGCUUUCAUUUAAUCUUAUGUUUUAUAGAUCAGGCACCAUACUAAUAUUUGUAAAGCUCAGUUACACAUGGGGCAGAUUGAUGUAUUGUAUAUUUUUCUUUUAGAUACUUAGUAUUAUGCAUUUUUGCUGUGUUUCUUAGCUGGUCACAGUAGUUUUGCAUUUCAAGGGAGCGUAGGUAUUCAACUAAUUUGCACUGCUUCUGUGAGUCAUUUGAGCUUGGACAGACUAGUUAUAUUGGGUGUUUAAAAUAGGCUCUCAGACUGCGCCAAUGGAUGAACAUUGUUUUAUCAACAUUCAAUACUAAUUUAAUCACUGUCAUUAUUAGGGAUCGGCUAAUGCAUGUGAAACAUAGGAGCCAAAUAUAGUUUUAUGAGCCAUUUAAGAUUUUUGUAUAUAGCCACAGGUAGAGUAAUCCUAAAAAGAACCAUAAUCAAACUUUUAGAAGCUAUGGCAAUGUGGCUCUUGGGAUUUGUCAAGUCCUUUAUUAGUUUAUAGUUUUUUCUUUUUCUUUAUUUUUUUUUAUUGCUUGUUUGCACAUUUAAUGCUCAAUCCAGUUAAGAUUUAUUUUACAUGAAAAAUCUAAAUAAAAAAAAAAAAUCUAUCUAUAACAAGUACACAGCUUCUCUCACCCUUUAUCUUAAAUAGUAUGUGUAACCAAUCAGAAGGCAAGGCGUCUGUGCAUUGCUUUCUUGUGAUGAGACUAGGACAAGUCAGGGCGAUGCUUGCAUUAACAUGCUUCUGGUAAUGCAACGGCGGUCAGUUUUGUCAAGUAUGACAGAAUGUGACUUUUAAUGUCUGUUUAAAUACUUAGUCUUUUAAAAGAUUUGCUGACAUGAGUAAAAAAUAACAAUAUAAUUUAGAGGUAAGCACAUUUUUAUUUAGAAGUGGGAACAAAAUACAGUUUAGUGCAAUUUUCAACCUUCAAAUUAGGUUCUCGCAGGGGGGAUAAGGCUACAUGCCUUACAGCAUCCUAAUGCCACACAGCACUUUUUUAUUCCCAUUGUGCUUUUCAAUUACAUAAAUUCCUUGCAAUGACAAUGUCCCUUUAAUGAAAAUGAAGCUCUUCUGUCUAUUUUCAGUUCAGACAGGCAAUUAAAAAGGCAAUUUUAUUGGUCUAAUUUGAUAACUGGUAACAAAGGGGUUAUACACCAAAGGCCCAAUUCUCAAAAACUUGCCAGCGUGGUGAUAAAUCAUCAUCUUGUUUUACUGAGCAUUCUAUUAUAAUUCAAGUGCCUCACAUAAAGAACAUUAGGGAACUCCUCUUAAUAAGAUACACAGAUCCCAAGGUGCAAAUUGCCUUUAAAACAGUCCCUGAGGGCACUCACAAUACUGACAGAGCAUCUUAUAGAAUCUUGUCAGACAAGAAAGUUUUAGAGAAUUGGGCCCCUAGUCCUACUCACCAUAAGGAGCUGCAAUGCAUGAGCAGGACAUGACUGGUGAGCCAAUCAGGAGCUGCAUAUGCAUGUAGCCACCAAUUGCUGGCCGUGUUCUAUUAAUGAGCAUAUCUGCAGUGUGUAUGGUGCUGGAAAUAAACUGUUUAACCUCUAUAGUCAUAACACAAGAUCCAUAGACUCAUCAGGAGUACGCUCUGCUCAGAUUCUAUGGGAUGGGCAGUACAGGAUUUGGCGGUCAGCUUCACUGCAGCAAGUAGGAGUAUGAAUAUCUAUUUGCAGUGCUGCAGAGCAAUAGAUUAGGCAUAUUUCCUGUCAAUCUUACCCAUAUAUGCCUGAACUAGAACAUAUACUUUUUUUUUUCUAUAUGAGAUGAAUGGUUUCAUGCAUGCUGUAAUUGGUCAAAUUUGGAAAAACAAAAAUAGGCCGUUAUGUAUCUUGCAUUUUUGGCUGUGUUAAAAAAAUAAAUAAGGGGCAUUGUAAUGCAAAAAUUUCUCCUUUUAAUGUAUAAAUUUUACCUGCUGGAGUUUAUAAAAUUGUUUACAAAUAGCUCCUUUAUUUUGUCAUUUGCUGCUAUAUCUUGGUAAAACCACCAUAAAAAUAUUGAAUACAACAGUAUUCAUAAAGCUAUGUGAACAAGAGACAGAAGCAUAAAUUAACCUCACAGUGGGCGCUGAGUGAUUGGACCAUUUCAAAGGAUUCUUCUGCAGCUGUUUGUAAAACAACAAACUUACUACUUGCCCAAGUACAUUGUUCCUUUAAUCCUUUCCAUGCUGAAAUAUAGGUUUUAAUACGCAUAGUUGCUACUUUUUCAAAUUUAUAACAAUUGUUUUUCGUACAAUGUCCCUUUUAAAUUAUAGUCAAAAAUAAGUGUGACAUUUUAUGUGUAUGUGAAGAUCAGAUUUAAGCCAUAUGAAAUCUGUUUGUUAAAAAGAAAAAAAAACACAUGGUCUUUCUCUGACCAAUAAUGUUUCCAUCUUGGCAUUAAAAUGUUUACUUAUGUUCUUGGGGGGGAAAAGAGAGUACUUUGUUAAUGUUUUUAUGAUUUGACUUUUACAAAAGGGAAUACAUAAACCUUAAAAGGGAAUAUUCUGUUUUUUGUUUAAUACAAAUGUACUGUUCUUUAAUCUUUGCAUUAUUCAGCCAGAGAGCUGGAUCUGCUGUCAAGUUUAAAAGGUAAGUAUUUUUUCACAACGCGAGUUGAUUGUAAAUUUUGAUAAAUUAAAGUGCCCCUGUUUUUAAUCAAAUUUUUAAAAACCGGGCACUUUAGCAUCAAAAUUUACAUUCACUUUAAAUUAGGACAUAACAUUUCUCCUUUAGAUUCUAUACUAUAUCUAGCUGUAACAAGGUUACACCUGAAUAGGCUUAUUUUCUGGUAAUUCUACCAUUUUAUUAAAAUCCAAUGCUGCUUAAUACAUUAAAUCUUACUUGACCCGAUUUAAUACUUUUUAUUUUGUUUUAAUAACCUAUUUGUUCUCUAAUGAUGUGAUAUUGUUUACAAUAAAUAUUGAUUCUAAAUGUUU